AUGCGUCUGAAUACCCUCUUUUACGCGUUUUCUUCUUUAAUGGUAUUCCAUUUAAACGUCUUUUACAAGGGAACAAGGGUUAACUACGUUUCUGCAUACAUCAGUUCCAUACACAAGUACACCAAUUCCGGCAACAGCAGCAGCAACGUAGGCGACCAUAGAGGCAACAACAGAGACCAGAACAACCCUAAUAACGUAGAUAAUCACAAAAUAAACGCCAACGGAGCAUCGAACAGGACAAUUGCCUCAUACUUCAAGAAAAAGUUCCCUCAGAUUUACCAGCAGAGCGGCGUCAGCUUCUCCACUGCUGCGGGAAACUCCACACAGGAAAACGGGAGGAAUAGUCAAGAAGCCAUUACACAACUAGAGCAACUGAGAAAAGAGGCCUCUCAGCAAUCACAACAAAGUAACGAUCAAGGAGAAGAUAGAAACACCAUGGCAGUCCCCAUUGAACAGAGACUUUCAAAUAUAAAGAAAGUAAUGCAAGAAAAAAACAUCGAUGUGUACAUCCUAAUAAACAGCGACGAACACAACUCAGAAAUAAUAAAUGACAAGGACAAGAAAAUAUUAUUUUUGAGCAACUACAGUGGAGCUGAUGGUAUCUUAAUACUCACCAAGGACAAGCAAAUUUUGUACGUGAAUGCAUUGUACGAAUUACAAGCGCAAAAAGAAUUAAACCACGACAUUUUCACCCUGCGAGUUAGCAGAAUUACCAACCGAGAUGAAAUAUACGAAACAAUUGCGUGUUUGGAAUUUAACAAUAUUGCAGUGGAUGGAAAAAACACUAGUGUCGCUUUCUACGAAAAGCUAAAGAGUAAAAUAGAGUCCACUUAUCCCGACAAAGUCGUGCAAGAAAAAAUGAUUUACGAAAAAAAUAUGAACCAAAUUGAAAAGAAUGGAAAUAUAAACUUCCUCAUUUUAGAAAAAUCCCUAGUAGACGUACCAAACAAUCAAGUUAAUAACAAACAGGUGUUCAUACAUGACAGAGUAUAUAACGGUGCAUGUUCAGGAGAAAAAUUAGAAAAAUUAAGACAAGUAUUUGCCUUCGAUAAAAAAAAUGUGGAUAAAUUAUUACUCUCAGAGUUAGACGAAAUUGCUUAUAUUUUAAACCUUCGUGGAUUUGAUUACACUUUUUCUCCUCUGUUCUAUGCCUACCUCUACUUCGAGUAUAAUAGAGAAACUGAAGAAUUUGAAAAAAUGAUUUUAUUCACUAAAUCUAAAAACCUCUCCCCGAGUUCCAUCAGACACCUCAACACAGUUAAGGUCACUGUCCAGGAGUACGAAACUGUGGUCGAAUACUUAAGGGACAACGUCGCUUCCAAAUCCAUGUCACUGACCAACGCAGGCAAGCAACCAAGCGCAGUAAAUACACUCCCCUCCAAAGAAGUCACCCUAAAAGAAUCCGAUUCGCAGAAAAAAUACGAUAUUUCUCUCAGCCCAUAUAUCAACCUAAUGAUCUACAUGCUUUUUAAAAAGGACAACAUAUUGCUCGAAAAAUCUCCCGUACUUCACAUGAAAGCAGUUAAAAGGGACGUCGAAAUAGAUAACAUGAUAGAGGCACAUGUGCUUGAUGGAUUGGCACUUUUACAAUUCUUCCACUGGUGUGAAGAGAAGAGAAAAACCAAAGAGCUAUUUAACGAAACGGAAAUGUCUUUAAAAAAUAAAGUAGAUUACUUCAGAUCCACCAAACCAAACUUUAUCUUCCCCUCCUUUGCAACCAUCUCGGCCAGCGGAUCAAAUGCUGCAGUCAUUCACUACGAAGUUACUGAAUCUACAAAUUCAAAAAUCACGCCAAGCAUUUUUCUCCUUGAUUCUGGAGGACAAUACUUACACGGAACCACAGAUGUAACUAGAACUACUCACUUUGGAGAACCCACAGCGGAAGAAAAGAGAAUCUACACCUUAGUACUUAAAGGACACCUACAUUUAAGAAAAGUUAUUUUUGCCAGCUACACAAAUUCUAUGGCCCUAGAUUUUAUUGCACGUGAAAAUUUAUUCAAACACUUCCUCGAUUAUAAUCACGGAACUGGACAUGGAGUAGGAUUAUUCUUAAACGUUCAUGAAGAUGGAUGCUCCAUAGGACCAGCUGCUGGUACUCCACUGAAACCUUUUAUGGUACUUUCGAACGAACCAGGAUACUACCUCGCAAACAAAUUUGGUGUUAGAAUCGAAAACAUGCAAUACGUAAUUAGCAAGAAGAAAACAGACGACGCAGAAUUCUACAGCUUUGAAGAUUUAACUCUCUAUCCGUAUGAAAAGAAAUUACUCGAUUAUUCUAUACUCACCACUGAAGAAAUUAAAGACAUUAAUGAAUACCAUGACAAAAUUAGAAAAACUCUCCUCCCCAGACUGAAGAAGAAUCCAUCCGAAUACGACGAGGGAGUAGUCAAGUACCUCAUGGAUAUCACCGACCCGAUUUCGAUAAACUAA